AUGUUUAUGGCAAAAAGAGCAUUUACUGCUCCAUUUAUGAGGUUUCCCCAAAUAAGCCGUUCGAUAAUCAAUAGUACCCGUAAUUUAUUCAUCCAAACGAUGGAAACACCAAACGAACAUGCAUUAAAGUUCUUGCCAUCUAUGCAAAUCAUGAAGGAGAAUGAAACCAGAGAGUUUUUAAGUGGUAGAGAGGCAGCUUGUAGUCCGUUAGCAUUAAAGUUGUUUUCGAUUGAUGGAAUAAAAUCAAUCAUGUUUGGAUCGAAUUUCAUUACUAUUGAAAAGGCAAAUGAAGAUUUACAUUGGUCGUUGUUAAAGCCCGAGAUCUUUUCCAUUUUGACUGAAUUUUUGAAUAAUGGAACACCUAUUCUUAAUGAAGAAUCAGAGUUAACUGAUGAUAUGGAGAUCAGCGAAGAUGAUGAUGAAACUGUUACUAUGAUUAAAGAAUUAAUUUUCACUAGAAUAAGACCAGCCAUCCAGGAUGAUGGAGGAGACAUCGAAUUUGUUAGCUUUGCUGAAGAUAAUGGGACAGUUUAUCUCAGAUUAAAGGGUGCGUGCAGAUCGUGUGAUUCGUCAUCGGUUACAUUAAAGAAUGGUAUCGAGAGUAUGUUGAAAUAUUACAUUGAGGAAGUCACCACUGUCGAACAAGUGAAUGACGAAGAUACGACAGAGAUUGUUGAAAAAUUCAAGUCAGAAGACAUACAUUUAAAACCUAGUCCAAGAGACGAUCCUCCUAGUUUGUAA